GAAAGAACUACAACAGUGCGUCGGAUGCAAACGUCAGACGUUGUGACACAUUGACGUAAUGCAUGGAGUUUGUUGGUCGAUUCACAGUUUUUGAACGAUUUACAAGUUUACAUCGGGGUGAAUAAGUUGCUCAACACCAUAACAACAGCGUUGCGUCAUUAGAGAUGUCUGGCCGUGUGUGCACCAGCAUCCUUCAAAGAGCUGCAAGCUACACAUUGACACUUUCCUCUCCUGCCCCAUUCCAGUCUCUAGCAGCACACCAAUGUCAAUUCUCAUGCUGGGGUACCUCAAGUCUCAGAUCAGACCUCAUUGCUGAAGAGUCACGACAUUGGUCUCAACGUGGGCGGCACCUCUCAACUCGUCAGGACAUAGACUUCCAGCUCAGCCAGGUCCAAAUCAACAGUAUUCUGCGAUUUAAUGAGCAGACUGUCAGUGUGCCAGAGUUUGAUGGAGGGGGACUCAGUACUGUCAGAAAGUUUGAGAGCAACAAGCUGGCUGCUAACACACCUAAUGAGGACCGUCGCAGUACAGCCACCUGCUUACAGUCAAAGGGCAUGCUCUUUGGGGUCUUUGACGGCCAUGGGGGUUGGGCGUGUGCUCAGACUGUCAGUGAGCGUCUGCUGUACUACACUGCAGUUGCAAUGAUGUCGAAGCAGAGCCUGGAGGAGCUUGAGAAUUGCAUGGAGAAUGGCAGACCUGUUCCUCCCAUCUUGCAGUGGUACAAACACCAUGCAGACUUUAACUAUCGUGAGUCUGCUUCCCUCUACAUGGACCACCUCAGAGUCUUCUGGCAAGAAUUACUGGACAGUGAGGAACAUGGUGAAGGCAUGAGUCCUCUGGAUGCUCUGGACUAUUCUUUUAAACGCCUCGAUGCUGACAUCUCCUUGGAGGCUCAAGUCCCUCUUUCCAAUGACCUGAUGAGAAGCACAGCCAUCCAGGUUGCGUUUGCCGGUUCCACUGCCUGUGUGGCUCAUGUUGGCAAAGACGGGAUCCACGUGGCGAAUGCAGGUGACUGCCGAGCAGUAUUGGGAGUGCUAGAGGAAGACGGUUCAUGGAGCGCUUUGCCACUGUCCCAGGACCACAACUCACAGAACCAGGCUGAGAUGGAGCGGAUCAAGGCCCAGCAUCCGCCAUCAGAGAGAGACACAGUGGUCACAGAGGACAGACUGCUUGGGGUUCUGAUGCCCCUGCGUGGGUUUGGUGACGUAAGAUUUAAGUGGAGCCAUGAGUUGCAGCAGAGCAUUUUAACCAGCUUGGAUUCAACAGUCGACCGGGAAUCUCUCGACCUGUACCCGUACACUCUACCUAACUACCUAACUCCACCCUAUCUGACUGUGGCUCCCGAGAUAACCCAUCACAAGCUGAGACCUCAGGACCGCUUCCUGAUCCUCGGCAGUGACGGGCUGUGGGAUGAACUAGGGAACGAGGAGGCCGUACAACUCGUUGGAGAGCACCUGAGUGGGAUUCACCGACAGGCUCCCGUUUCUCCAUCUGAGAGGCAGAUGAAACUGGGUCAGAUACAUGAACUCUUGCUGAAACGCCAGGCCCGUAACUCCCCUGCUUUAGACACCAAUGCUGCUACACACCUCAUCAGGCAUGCUCUUGGCACUGGGGAGUAUGGAGAACUGUGCCAGGAGAGGCUGGCCUGUAUGCUCACUUUGCCAGAGGACCUAGCUAGAAUGUACAGGGACGAUAUCACAGCUACGGUUGUGUAUCUGAACUCUGACCUGGCCAGACCUCAACACAGCUAACAGAAGGUUUUUUUUAAAAUACUUGUACGAAGAUGAAAAAAAUAGUCAUAUCAUAGCAUUCAGCUCUGUUCAACAUUUCCGAAUAUUUCGGUUUCUGAAUAUUUAGGACAAAAAAGGAUGGUUUCUAAAUAUUAUGAACUAAUAUUAUUAUAGUGUUGUUUUAUGGACAAGUACAAGUAAAGAACCACAGGUUACAUAUUUAUAAUUGUAGUAUGUAUCAGGUCAAAAUACAGAUUUUGAUCCUUCAGUGUGUUGAUGAUGGACAUGUUUUAGAUAUCACCUUAGUUAUAGGCAGUAAUUACUAUGCUACAGAAUAAUUCAGACACUCACUUUGUUCCCUGUCUGAAUUUUUGUUUCUAUUAUUCUUGCACAAUUAGUUUCAGACAGCCCAUCUGUGACCUUUGUGUCUGUUUACUUGUCUGUUAUACUACGUGUAAGCUGUGAAGUAUAAUUUUAAUGUUGUAUAAAUGUACGGUCUUCAGCGGAGGUUAUUAGAUGUGAUUUAAGUUGACACUCCACUCAAAGGUGCGGAAGCUGCGUAUUAAAACGAUCAAUAAAAUCAUUUUCUUUUG